UUUGACUAUAAAUUCACAGAUACACUGCCUCCACAAUUGCAAUGUAAUGUUACACGCGAUGAGUACAAACAUGAAGAAUCAAAACGAGUCAGCUUUGGAUUUAUCGCCUCAUUUUUGAAUUGUGGUACCAUAAUCGGGUAUGAUGAAUCACCAAAAGCAGAAGAAUCAACGAGAUUACCACAUAAACAACGUUUAAGACAGAAUUUUGAUAAUAUUGUGAAAUACAGUCCUGACGAUUUACCACCAAAGGCUGAUUUACGACAAGAAAUGACAGCUAUUGAAGAUCAAUCACAAAUAGGAAGCUGCUCAGCUAACGCUCUUGCUGGUGCAUACGAAUAUUUGAUUAAAAAACAUACAGGAAGAGAUGAAGAUGUUAGUCGCUUAUUUAUGUAUUAUAAUGGUAGAGCACAAGAUAAUCCUUCAGCAUCGAUAAGUGAUACUGGUUGUAGUAUGACAAAUGCUAUUGAAGCCUUAGAUGAACAUGGUGCAUGUAGAGAAUCAGAAUGGCCAUAUGAUAUUACUAAAGUCAAUCAACGACCACCAUCAGAUGCUUAUGAGGAAGCUAAGCAUUUUACAAUUGAUGAAGCAUUACAAAUUAAAAUUGAUUUAUUUGAAAUGAAAUCAUGUAUUGCACAAGGUUAUCCAUUUGCUUUUGGCAUAAGAUUAUUUAAAUCCUUUGAUAAAGCGAGUAAAAAUGGUAUUGUGCCAGUGCCUAGUUUAUCAGAAACAAGUCGUAGCAGUCAUGGAAGUCAUGCACUAUUAGCAGUCGGUUAUUCUGAUACAUCGCAAGCAUUUAUUGUACGAAAUUCAUGGGGAGAAGGAUGGGGAGACCAUGGAUAUUGCUACAUACCUUACGAUUAUAUGACAAAUAGUAAUUAUUGUUUUGAUGCAUGGACUGUAAGAAAACUUGAUAGUCACGAUUUGGGUUCAGAUCAUUGGGAUAAUCAGGAUGAAGUGGAUUAUUGUUUUGGAAAACAUGAGCAGGACGAGGAUGAUGAUGGACAAGCUGAUAUUGAAGAAUUUGAAGAGAAUGACGACGAUAAUGAUGAUCGAGGUAGAAAAGGAGUUAGAGAUCCUUAUUCAGAUGGUGGUGGUUAUCAAGAAGGAUAUUCGAAUGACGAUAAUUAUUACGACGGAGGAGAAAAUGAAGAUAAACAAUAUCAACAGCAACAAGAUUAUGGACAGGAUGACUUUCCAUCUGGAAACCAAUAUAAUUAUUGA